AUGGGGGACACCAGGAUAACUGGAGAGGUAAUCGGGAUUGACCUAGGGACGACCUUCUCCUGCGUCGCCGUCGCUCGGAAGGGCCACGGCAUUGAAAUCAUAGCCAACGACCAAGGCAACCGAACCACCCCUUCCUACGUCGCUUUCUCCGCCGCCACCGCCAGUUCCGAACGCUUCAUCGGAGAAGCCGCAAAGAAUCAGGCCACUCUCAACCCUCGCCGGGCAAUUUUCGACGCCAAGCGACUCAUCGGAAAAAAGUUCGACGACCCAGAAGUGCAGAAAGAUGUUAAGUACUUGCCCUACCCUGUCGUGGAAAGAGAUGGAAAGCCUUGCGUCCAACUGGAAGUUAACGGCGAGCUGGUAUCCUUCACACCGGAAGAAAUAAGCGCCAUGGUGCUGUGGAAAAUGAAGGAGACCGCGGAGUCGUAUCUUGGGAAGCAAGUCACCAACGCGGUGGUCACGGUCCCUGCCUACUUCAACGACUCCCAGAGGCAAGCAACUAAGGACGCCGGCACUAUCGCCGGCCUUAAUGUUUUAAGGAUAAUCAACGAGCCUACGGCAGGCGCCCUAGCCUAUGGUGUGAACCAGGACCCCAACACAAAGAGGAACAUUCUGGUUUACGAUUUAGGUGGUGGGACGUUCGACGUCAGCGUUUUGGAAAUCGACAGUGGCAUAUUCCAGGUACUUGCCACCGGUGGUGACACACAUCUCGGCGGGGGAGAUUUCAAUCAAAGGGUGAUGGAGCAUUUUGUUCCUCUAAUCAAGAAGAGGUACAACAAGGAUGUGAGCGAUCACCCGAAAGCUCUUGGGAAGCUGCGGAGGGAAUGCGAGAGGGCGAAGAGGGUCCUGAGCAUUCAGACCGAGACUCGAGUCGAGAUUGACUCCCUGAUGGAUGGAACGGACUUGUCCGAGCCACUGACGAGAGCGAAAUUCGAGGAUUUGAAUUUGGAUCUGUUUGAGAGGACAAUGAGAGUGGUGAGGUCGACCCUCAAAGAUGCAAAGAUGGAGGAGAAGCACAAGAUUGACGAGAUCGUGCUGGUUGGGGGGAGCACCAGAAUCCCCAUGGUGAGGGAGAUGUUGAAGAAGGAGUUCGACGGGAAAGAGCCGAGCAAAGGGAUCAAUCCCGACGAGGCCGUGGCUUAUGGAGCUGCUAUCCUUGGAGCCAAUCUCACUACCGACCAAGUUGGAGUUGGUGGUGUUAUUCUACUCGAUGUUACUCCCUUGAGCUUGGGGGUACGUCUAGUAGGUGAUCUGAUGUCAGUAGUGGUGCCCAGAAAUACACCCAUCCCUACUAAGAAGUCUAGUGUGUACAUAACCGUGAAAGAUCAGCAAUCUAUCAUAUACUAG